UCUCUCAGAACAGAACCAAAACCCACUCUCUCACACACUCCACACAAGACACAACCAUGGAGGAGCCAACGUUGUUGUUCCCCGACACCGACCUCGAUCUCAGCUUCACCAGCACCACCACUGACCGCACCACCACCACCACCACCACCAGUGCAAGAACAAGCCUCGCCCGCACUAGCAGCCUCACCCUCAGCUUCAACGACCGUUUGUCCACAUUCUCCGCCUCGGAAACCACCACCGCCUCCCUUAUCAGCCGCCGUCCCCACCGGAGCGGCGAUCCCAACUGGUCCGCCAUUCAGGCCGCCGUCAACCUCUCCUCCGACGGCCGCCUCCACCUCCGCCACCUUAAGCUCCUCCGCCACCUCGGCUCCGGCAACCUCGGCCGCGUCUUCCUCUGCCGCCUCCGUGACUACGACGGCGCCCACUUCGCCCUCAAGGUCGUCGACAAAGACCUCCUCACCCCGAAGAAACUCUCCCACGCGCAGACCGAAGCGGAGAUCCUACACGCGCUGGACCACCCCUUCCUCCCCACUCUCUACGCGCGUAUCGACGUUUCGCAUUACACGUGCCUUCUCAUGGACUUCUGCCCCGGCGGCGACCUCCACUCCCUCCUCCGCAAACAGCCCCAGUUUCGUCUCCCCCUCGCGGCGGCGCGUUUCUUCGCCGCCGAGGUCCUCGUCGCCCUGGAGUACCUCCACGCGCUCGGCAUCGUCUACCGCGACCUCAAACCCGAGAACGUCCUCCUGCGCGACGACGGCCACGUCAUGCUCUCGGAUUUCGAUUUGUGCUUCAAAUCGGACGUGGCACCAAACGUCAACUUCCGGUCCCACACCUCACCACCUCGCGUGGGCCCCACGAGCGGUUGCUUCAGUUGUAAUAAUAAUAACCGCCACCGAGAAAAGUUGGUUGCAGAGUUCGUGGCGGAACCGGUGACGGCGUUUUCACGGUCGUGCGUUGGGACGCACGAGUAUUUAGCUCCCGAGCUUGUCUCGGUUAACGGUCACGGUAACGGCGUGGACUGGUGGGCUUUUGGGGUUUUCGUUUACGAGUUGUUGUACGGGACGACGCCGUUUAAGGGGUGUAGCAAGGAGGGCACGCUGCGCAAUAUAGCAUCAAGCAAGGAUGUGAGGUUCGUCCACGUGGCGGAGCGAGAGGAGGCAGGGAUGGCCGAGGCGAGGGAUUUGAUUGAGAAGUUGUUGGUGAAGGACCCUAGGAAGAGGCUAGGGUGCGCUAAGGGUGCUACUGAGAUUAAACUACACCCUUUUUUUUAUGGAAUUAAGUGGCCUUUGAUUAGGACUUAUAGGCCACCGGAGGUCAAGGGAUUCAUCAGAAGGAAUAAGUCCAACGUUACUUGCAAGAGAAACACCUGCUGGUGGAAGAGACUAGGGCUUCUUGUGAGGAACAAAGGGGGAUGUCGAGGAUAUUGGGGUGGAAGAGAAGUUUAAGAGGCUGAAAAAAGACUUUAAGUUUCAGAGAAAAGAGCUGGCAUAAAUAAGGAGGAGACUGGGGCAGAUCAAGAGAGAAUCAACAUAAGAGUAGAGAAUGUCAAGAAGCUUGGAACUCCUAAAAAGAGAUUCAAAAUGUCCAUGCAUGUAGGAUCUUAGUUUGGCAUUUGCCAUUGAAGGGCAAAUGAUGGAGAAAAGUAAGUGGUUUUUAUCACUGAGAGACUUGACGAUCGAGGAAAAUGAAGACUAUGAGAAUAGAAACACAUCAAGCUACCGGAGGAAGCAGAGGCAAGCGAAAAAUGCCCCAAUUGCUUCUCAAGCACGUUGCUUCCAAUGUUUCAAUUGCUUCCCAAGCUAGCGAUGUGGGUGCUCUUAGAAGACUCCAAAUUACUUAUAAAAAUAUGACUUCCGAAGCUGCUUCUAUAAGUUCAGACUCUAACUUAUGUAGAUUCUAAUUUUAUCUUUUCUCAAGAAAAGUAGUUGUUGCUUAUGAUCUUUGAAACUUAUGUACGUAAGAACUUCUUAUGAGUUAUAUGAGUGAUAUACCUCUGUAAAAUAUGACAAAAAGCAAAUAAGAAACAAAUAAGAAGCAAUAAAAAAGGAUAAA